AUGGGUAGGAGAAAGAGCUCUCGCAAGCCGCCCGCUAAGGCCAAAGUUAUUGAACCUUUACCGAAGCAAUUUAACUGCCCAUUUUGCAAUCAUGAACGUUCAUGUGAAGUUGAAAUAGAUAGGGAAAAGAGAAUUGGUUACGUGAAGUGCGCUAUUUGCCUCGAGGAUUAUCAAACCUCUAUUAAUUCUCUGAGUCAAGCAAUUGAUGUAUAUAAUGACUGGAUUGAUCAAUGUGAGGCCGUGAAUUCUUAG